AUGAAGGCGAUCCAGCACUCUGUGGAGACGCUGCAGACAGCGUUGGUCUCUCAUCAUCAGGACUUGGCUAAACUUUACAGAAAAUACACAAAAGAAGAAAGGCAUCUUCUGGAGGAAGGAUUCCACCCAGGGCCGCCAGGUUCCCUUUUCCAAACCAUCAUAGUGAACUCUUACUCAGACUGGAUCUCCGCUCACCCUGAGGAGCCUCAAGACUUUGAGAGCUUCUACAGAGACCCUAAAUGCAAAACCCCCAAUGCCAGCCACAAUAAGAUCUACAUACAAGAAAUACAUGAUGUCAACUUAUCUGCUGUUUUAUUGCGGACAGACAAUGCAGCAGUGUGGAAUCUCAUAUUGAAACACUUCUUCUACGAGCUUUCUGUCAAGUUUCUGCCGGCGGUGACUGUAGCUGAAACAGGAUGCUCGUUCAGGGUUAACAGUAACUCACACAACCUUCACAUCCUCACUGGUGACCUGCAAUGAUUCCUGAGGAAUAGGAAACCAAAAGAUGCUUUUUGUAUUGUUGGAAUCACAAUGAUUGACCUCUAACCCAAAGACUCCUGGAACUUUGUCUUUGGACAGGCUUCUCUCUGCAAGGGUGUGGGCAUUUUCAGCUUUGCCAGGUAUGAGGACAACUUCUACAGCAGAAGUUAUGCUGACAGGCUGAGGAAAGGGCUUCAGACAAAGCAGGGGGACUACUCUGUGUGAUAUUACAUUCCCUCCAUCAAGGGCACUCUGCUGCUUCGAUCCUGCAAGAAAACCCUGAAGUUAAAUAUUUCUUUCCAGACAAUGACCUAUGAGAUUGGCCAUAUGUUUGAAAUAAUGCAUUGCCAGUGGUUGAACUGCGUCAUACAGGGCCCCAACCACCUUGAGGAGUCUGAUAGUUGGCCCCUGGAUUUCUGAUCCAUCUGCCUUUGCAAGCUACAGGUCGCAAUCGGCUUCAAAAUAGCUGAAAGAUACAAGGCCUUACUGCACUGGAUCAAGGAGGGUCAGAGUCAAACAGCCAGACCAGAGGGGGCCUCUGCCUGUCAGCAUGUGCUCCACUUUUCUAAACCCACUGAAGCCUUUCACACAUCCAGGCUGUGGCUCCGCAGGUGCCUGGACAUACUGGAUAAAAGAUGAACUAUAGUAUUUGCCCAUAAAUGUAGAUAAUAUUGGGAAAUAAAUGCAACAGCUCUGAUGUAUUCAUGUUUACCAUGCAAAACUAACAUUUCUUCUGCUGUUUGAUUGCAAAACAGAAUCUUAAUUUUGGUUAUAACUCAAUUCCAAAAUGACUACAUGGCCCACUCCUAUUUUUUCUGUGUGGUAAUGACUACCUAUACUAAUGUAUCUGGGAGACUCUUUACAAUUGGACUAUCAGCUAUAUAUUGAGUUGUAUUGAUUUAAACAUGUUGAGCAGUUCACACAGACAUUUUGGGUAUGUUUCCAGGCAGAAUGAAAUGAUGACUUUAGUUUAAUUUAUUUAUUUUUUCAUCUAAAUUAAAGAUGCAAUAUGUACAGAAAAUAUAUUUUAAUGUGAAAAUGUACAAUAUUCUGUUAACAUGAAGUAAACAUGGGUACAGAGUUCUGUUUUCAGUGAAUUAUGUGACAAAUACAGCAGCUGUUGAAUAAGUUGCUUUAAGGUUGUUAAAAAAACAUUACACAUAAUUGAGAGGAUCAAAUCACACUUUUGCUUUAUUGUGAUUGAAUGCUUUUUCAUUACAAAAAUAGUUUUUUGAGUCUGAUAUCUCAUAUCACUUAACAGUGCAUUGUCAGUUUGGCGACAGGUUGAUUCAAAAUAAACACGUUUAAUCACAUA